AUGGAUGAUGAUCUACUUGAUAAUUAUCUUUCACAAGAUCGAAGAAAACUAUCAUCACGAAAAAUUCAAGAAGUUGCUUCAAGUACUAUUAUUGAAAGUUUAACAGCUGAAUGGUGGACAUCAAAUUUAUCUCAAACAGUUAUUAAUGAUUUACUUGAAAAUCUUAUUCCAUUAGUAGUUUUAGCUUGUGAGAAAGUUCUUAAUGAAGCAGAUGAACGUCAUUUAAUUGAAACAACCACACCAGAUCGUUCAUUUAAUCCAAUUAAUCGUUUAGCAUCAUUUUUAAUGCGUAAUAAUCCAAAAUAUAUACAUUAUUCAUCAUUAUCACCAUAUCAUUAUUCAAUGAAAUCAUUAUUAAAUACAAAAAAAGUUCAAGUAUUAAAAGUCUAUGGUGAAGAAGAAACAUUAUUACGUACAAUACUUAAACAAAGACAAAAUGAACGUAGUCAACAAUACGAUACUAUUAAUAAAGAAGAAGAACGACGAAAAAAUUUACUUAGAACACUCUUUUUCGAUUGGAAUGUACCCGAAAGAGGAUGGGUUCAAACUAGAUUGAUAAACAAUAUGAUUGAACAAUUCAAUGAAAUGCCAAAACCAAAUGAUUUAAAAUUAGAUAUAUCUCCAUUUCAAUCACAUCGAAUGCAUCUUGGCACGUUUAGUGAAAAUUUUCUUAAUGGUUUAAAAAAUCAAUCAUCAAAAAAUUUUGAUUCAAUUAUAAAUAUAUAUCGUCAUUGUGCACAAACAUAUUCAAAUAUUGUUCAAGAACAUGAACUUAAUCUUUUAUUACAACAUCUGUUUAAUAGAUUAGAUGAUAAACAAAGUGGCUAUCUCCUUCGACCAACUGUUAUGAAAAUAUUACAAACAUUUUAUAACACUUUAAAUGAUAAUGAUAAACAAUAUGUUAAUCAACCAAAUCAAUGGCCUGUUAUUAAACAAACAAUAUUAAAUAAUGAAAAUAAAUCGAAUGAAACUUCAUCAGAAUCUGAAAUAGUUCAAGAAGAAAAACGAUCUGGAUCACCAGUAACAAAUGAACAACAAAUUGUAUCAUCGAGUUCAGCUGAUGAAACUGAAAAAGUUGAUGAAGGACAAGAACAAACAAAUGAAGAACAAAAAAAAUCUCAUAUUGAAUUAAAACAUCCUUCAGUUUAUGAAGUUGAAUUUCGUUUUACAAAUGAACAAAAACCAAUAUAUAAUUUAGAACAUUUUGAUACCGUUGAUCAUGAAAAAUCAAUACGGUUUGAUGAACAACUUAUCGAUAAAAUACAAUUUAGUGCUUUAUUAUUAUCAUUUUCUGGUGUGAAAAAAAAUGAAAUGGUUAUAUCAGCAUUAAUUGAUUAUUUUCGAUCAAAUUAUAAAGAAACAAAUGAAGAAAAAAAUGCAAAAAAGAUGCUUGUACAGCAACGUCUGAUUGACACAGAGCAACGUAGUCAAAGUGAUUUACUCUUUGAAAAAAUAAAUACAACAUGUACAGGAGUUAUUAAACUUGAACCAUUGGCUAAUAUUCUUAAACAGUAUAAAGAUGGAACAGUUACUGAACAGAUUGAACAAGUUCUUCAAACAUAUCAAGAUCAAACACAAUUGAGUUGUACACAAUUUUACGAUCUUCUUAUCAAUAUUCAUCAAACACUCAAUGAAACAAUGGGUGGUGGUGAAAAAUUCGAUGAUCUUCUUAAAUUUGUCGAUAGUCAACAACCACAACUAAAUACAUCCGAUCGUACACGUAUUCAUACUCGUCAUCAAUGGUUAAAACGUAUACGUAAUAUUCCAUUUCGGACAUUGGGUCUUCUUUAUAAAGAAGUUAUGGAUAUAAUACAAAAAGAUUCGGAAACAUUUAGUAAUCAACAAACAAAACAUUUAAGUAUUUAUAUUGCUUUAGUGGAAAAGGAUAGAAAUCAAUUACGAUAUGUUGCUACAACAAAUGAUCAAACUGAUUUAUUAUUAGGUAAAACAUUACAACGUGAUGAAGGCAUUUCGUUUCAAAUACUUGAUAGUGGAAAAUGGGCAUAUAUAAAUCAAACAAAAAAUCAUUCACGUAUUAAAUUUUUUAAUCCAGAUGCUAAAAAUCAAUCGGGUAGUUUUGUUUUAAUUCCAUUAAAACGUUUUCAACGUACAUAUUCAAAUGGUUUAUUGGGUAUUGAUACAUUACAAGACAAAAAAGAAAAAGCAUUUGUUCAGCAUGAAGUACAAUUUUAUGAAGGCAUUGCAUCAGCAUUAUCGGAUACAUUUACAUUUGUUGAUUUUGAUAAGAAUAUGAUGAAAAUUCUUCAUCGAUUUAUUUAUUGGAUUAAACAACGAUGUUCAAAUAUUUCAAUUGUGGAUUAUUAUACUUAUGAACCUACGUCAAUGAACAAUCCAUCAGAACGUUUACUUAAACAUGUAUUUACAUAUUCAAGUGGAAAUUUAACAGUUUUUAAUACACCAAAACUAGUUAAUAGUCGUGAACAAGUAUUUAAAUAUAAUUUGGAACAUGCUGCUGUCACUUGUCAAUCAACGAUAACCUCAUUUCUUGGUCAAAUUCAUAUGAUACAAGCAAUGCGUGGACGUGAUAAUUAUUGUUUUGCUUUGAUUGAUACAAUUAUCGGUGAACAAGAAGAUUUACCAAAUGAACAAAAACAAGAUUUAAUAUCGAUGUAUCGUUGUAUUUAUACGGCUGUUGACGAAUUAGAACAAGAAUUAAUUGAUGAUACAACAAAAAAAUUUUUAACUUAUGAAAAAAAAUCAGAUGAUAUGCGUUUAAAUUAUCUAUUUGAUCGUACUUGGUAUAUGGAUGUAUGUAAUAAAGUCAAACAAUUAUCAUCAGAAAAAAUACAAGAAUUUAUUAAUAAUAAAUCAAAAUGGAAUGAACAAAUAAAACAAAUUUUAUCUAUUAUUAGUCGACUUGUUAAACAGAAAGAAUUAAAUCCAGCGGAUUAUGCUGGUAUUCUGUUUCCAGCUAUGAUAGAAUUCGAUCCAACAACAAAAGACUAUGAUCAAAACGAUUUAUGGAAUCGUGCUGAACAGUUAAUACAAACAAUCGAUCCAUCAAUAUGGCAACAACCAUCAUCUGAUAUAAUUAAAAUCUUAUAUGAUUGGUUAAAUCUUGCUUAUGAACUCGAGAAACUUUCUAAAGCUCAAUAA